AUGAAUAUGAUCAGCACCAAGAGGAUCGCUCAGCUGGCCAAGAAGUGGCAGAGGAUGGCAGUUCUUGGGAGGAAGCGCCUUACCUGGAGGACGGCAGCAAAGGAAGUAGACAAGUGCUGCACUUCUGUGGCGAGCAAAGGCCACUGCGCAGUGUACACGACUGACGGGGCACGGUUUGAGGUGCCAUUGGCGUGCCUCGGGACGACAGUCUUCGUGGAGCUCCUGCAGAUGUCCAAGGAGGAGUUCGGCUUCACGGGCAGUGACGGCAGGAUCACACUGCCCUGUGAUGCCAUGGUCAUGGAGUACGCCUUGUGCUUGCUGAGGAGGGGCGCCUCUGCGGAGCUCGAGAAAGCAUUCCUGAGCACCAUGGCAAUGUCGUGCCACUCUGCAAACCACGUGGCGCCGUGUGUGGCAGUUUGCUGUUAG